CUGCAGACUUGAAUUUGAUUUAUUGCUCCCUAUGUCUGCUUCCUGUGUGAGCUGGGUUGAAAGGUUGAUUUUUUGUGCUGAUGUGUUUGAGGAAAGCUGGGGAGUUCACCAAAUCCUUCCUGGAAGCUGAGGAGUCAAAAAAAUAAUUGCAUUAAAAAUAAAUUUAAAGGCCUAUAGACUUCACGCACAAAGAAAGCCAGAGGUACUCAAGAGGAAAAGGUAACCACUGCAAAAACGCUGUUUGAGUGAAGAUGAGUCUGCAGUGGACGGCCGUUGCUGCUUUUCUGUACGGGGAGGUGUUUGCUGUGCUCUUGCUCUGUGUUCCCUUCAUCUCACCAACCAGAUGGAAUCGAAUCUUCAAGUCUCGUCUGGUGAAGAUGGUCAUGGCUUACGGCAACACCUACUUCAUUGUUCUCAUCCUAAUACUGGUUUUCCUGCUUAUAGAUGCUUGUCGUGAGGUGCGCAAGUACAGCGUCACGGAGAAGGUGGACCUGACCAACAACCCGGUGGCCGUGGAGCACAUUCACAUGAAGCUGUUCAGAGCUCAGAGGAACCUUUACAUCGCCGGCUUUGCCCUCCUGCUGUGGUUUUUGCUGAGACGCCUGGUCACCCUGCUCUCUCAGCAGGCCUCCAUGGUGGCUUCAAACGAGGCCUUCAGGAAACAGGCAGAGGGAGCGAGCGACGCGGCCAAGAAGUACAUGGAAGAGAACGAGAGGCUUCAGGAGGAGCUGAAAGAAGCCGGGAUCGAAGCUCCGGAGGGUGGGAGAAAGGGACCGAGUGUGGCAGAAGAAAACCAGAAGCUGAAAGUGGAGCUGAAGAAACUGAAGGAAGAGUUUGAAACUACCAAGAAAGCUCUGCAGACCUCGGAGAACGACGUCAAAGCAAUCAAGAAGCAGGCGGAGAACUUGACCAAAGAGUACGACAGACUGCUGGAGGAACACGCCAAGCUACAGGCUCAGGGGGAUGCACCAAGAGUUAAGAAGGACGACUGAACGGACUCUAGAGAUCUGGAUGUGGGGGUCCCACGAUCACCGUACCCCCCCCAAAAAAACAUCAUUAACGCAACACCGCGAUGCUGAAUAUAAAAAAGCAGAAACACGCUCAGACUUUGUUCUAGAAUCUCUCUCUCGCUCUCUCUCGCUCUCUCCCCUCCCUCUUGGUCCUCUUGGUACAGCCAUGAAUAUUUUUUUCACAGCUUCUCAACUAUUGGGACAGAAGUUACACAGUAGGGCACAAAUUAUGGCAAAAAAAAAAAAUUCUAGGGGUGUGGAUUGUAUUGCCAAUGUUUCCUCACUUUGAAUCCUUACUUACUAAAUACCUGGGUAUCUCUUAAUAGAUAAUCGUCUUUUUUUUUAAUGAGCAAGAUAUUUACUGAGCAAGUAUUCUGAGGUGAAGUUUUCCAGCAACAAACUCCCCCAUCCCCAGCUGUGUUUCAGGGACCGUUCUACUUGAGAGAUGUCUGGCCCAUUUUAAAAAUAUGUAGCAUAGUUUUAUAGGAGGCUGUGUGGUCCAGUGGUUAAAGAAAAGGGCUUGUAACCAGGAGGUCCCCGGUUCAAAUCCCACCUCAGCCACUGACUCACUGUGUGACCCUGAGCAAGUCACUUCACCUCCUUGUGCUCCGUCUUUCGGGUGAGACGUAGUUGUAAGUGACUCUGCAGCUGAUGCAUAGCUCACACACCCUAGUCUCUGCAAGUCUGCUGAAUAAACAAAUAAUAAUAAAGAGAUUUAUCUAUUCAGGGAUAACGAGAUAUUUAUUAAGUCACGGGUUUGAGUGAGGAAACAUAGGCAAUACAAUCCCCACCCCUAGUCUUGCUGUGAAUCUUGUUGCUGUCUUCAUUUAUGCUCAGAAGCACAGCAGAGGUCAUUGUAGUGAUUCUUGAAUAAAGUGUGUUUGAUAGUUGGUAUGAAUAAUUUGCAGAACUAAUUUUUAACUAAUUAAAAAAAUUAAAUAAUAAUAAUAAUAGGCAGUCCAUAGAAAGAUCAUUUGAUCUUAUGCAUCAUAGAGUUAAGCCCAUCAGGACCAUUGCAUGUAUUGUAUCGCUAGUGAAGCAAAAUUAAAUCAUUUUAUCUUCUUCCACCUCGAUCGUGACACAUACAGUAUGGUAUUGGGACAUUGUUUACAACCCCGAAUAUAUACUGAACAGCUGGGCGUGUUAGUUGUCCAUUAUACCAUACUGCCCCAAUCCCAUCCCCAAUUUGUGAUUCAAUUAAAAAUAAGUACUGGUUAACAGGCGGCUGUAUUAAUGUGAUCCCGUCAGCCGUGUGAUUUAUUUUCUUCUGUAUCGAAGCAGAACAGCUCAGAACCAUUCAGAGUAACUGUAAACAAUAACAAAAGGUUUAGUCAAAUAUUAAAAAAAUUAACUUAAGGGGUUUGCAGACUGUGUAAGAAGGCUCCCCCUUUUUGUUUGUUCAAUUUUUUUUUUUUAUUUAGCUUGAGACUUGUGCUUGGCAUACAGUGCCACCUCCUGGUCUGAUGAUGUAAAGACAGCCAGUAUCAAUUCUCUCUUUUUUUUUUUUUUUUUUUUUUUUUAAUGGCUAUACUUCAACUGGCACCAAAGCUGUAAAUCUAUGUUUAAUACAGUAAAUACAUGUUUUUUUUGUGCACAGAGGUUUACAAUACAGUUCUGUUAAAAAAAUAAACUGUUUGUAUUGUAUUGAUAUUCUGACGUUCAUGUAUAUGCUAGUGGAGCCUGUAGUUAUUCCAGCGUAUUAAUAAAUCAUGUUUCAGCUUUUCAACGCUGACACAGGCA